AUGUCAGGACUCCAAGACGUAAAGGCCUUCUACUUCGACGUCUUCGGAACAUGCGUCGACUGGCGCAGAUCCGUGACAGACUGCCUCUGGAACAUGGCAAGGGAGUCCCUCAACAGCGCGUCAAUGUCGCUCUCCACCAGGAUCCGCAUCAUAGCAACAGACAUGACCUACAAGCAGUGGGGCCGCUGGGGCGAGCUAGCACAGGAAUGGCGGAACUCCUAUCUGGCGUUCACCAGGUCCAUCGCAGCGGACCCAAACUUUCCGUACAAGACUGUCGACGAACAUCAUCUGGACUCACUGCGUGAGAUCCUUCUCAGUCGUGGUCUUUACUUCGCACGGCCGGACGGUGCGGACCCUGCAUUGGUGCAUGAUGGUUCGUUGUGGGAUGAGGCUAAGAUCCUCAAGAUCAGUCAGAUCUGGCAUUACCUGGAGCCGUGGCCAGAUACGAAUGAAGAACUCGCGGAGUUGAACAAGAACUUUGAGACGUGUACUUUGAGCAAUGGCAACGUCCGCCUCCUGGAAGACAUGUGCGCCUACGGCAAAAUGCCCUUCUGCAACAUCUUCUCCGCAGAAAUGUUCCAGUCCUACAAGCCGAAUCCGAAGGUCUACCUCGGAGCCGGCGAGAAGCUGAACCUGAAGCCGGAGGAGUGCAUGACGGUCGCCGCACAUCUUGACGACUUGAAGUAUGCGAAGCAGGCCGGUCUACGCACGCUGUAUGUGGAGAGGGCGCGGGAGGAGCGGCAUCCGGAGCUGAGGGGAGAGGAUAUACCGGAUAUAUGGGUCAAGGAGGAUGAGAAUGGGUUUGUGACUGCCGCGGGGAAGUUGGUUACUGCGAUACGGAAUGAUGGUCAGGUUAGAGUACUGGCUGAUUGA